CAGCACACACCGCCAGGGAGAGCACGGCGGAGCUGGAGUCAGAGCCGGGAGCGAAAAUGUGAAGGUGGAAUCCGACUGAGCAGUAUUGUGUUGUCAUUGGCGUCUGUUUCUUGGGAAAGACACAAGCGAUACUCCCACACAGCAACAACAGGAUCUUUGUUUGGAAUUUACAACCACUGGAAAUAUCCUGCUUUAAUUUUAAUUUCUCCUUCUUCUUCUUUUUUUUUUUUUCUCAACAUCUUCUUUCUCACAAAUUGACUGGAGGCAGUGUUGUGGAGAUGUACUGAGUGAGGAGCAUUAUUUACAUUCACUGGGUAUCCUUAUUAUCUGUACAUUUGGAAAGGAGCAAACUGCUCCGUGAAGAUUCCUCUGUGCUUUAUGGGAUUAUUCUCGACGGAGCCGCUUUGUUUUAGAUAAAAACACAUUGGGCAUCAUGAGCACCAGUGCCUCCUUUCAUCAAGGCUCAACAAGCAGCGAGAGGACGUCUGGAGCAAUCCGUUGCCAACGAUGUCGGGAAAUGUGCAAAGGAGAGGUGGUACGAGUUCAGGAGACCCACUUUCACGUCAAGUGUUUCACCUGCACCGUGUGUAACUGUGAUUUGGCUCGGUCGGGCUUCUUCCAGAAGAAGGGAGAAUACAUCUGUACAGCAGACUAUCAGCGCCUGUAUGGUACACGCUGCGACCGCUGUGACACCUUCAUCACAGGAGAGGUGGUCUCAGCUCUGGGACGUACUUACCACCCCAAGUGCUUCGUCUGCAGCGUCUGCAGUAAACCCUUCCCCAUUGGAGACAGAGUGACGUUCAGUGGAAAGGACUGCGUGUGCCAGCAGUGCUCGCACACACUCGUCAAACCAAAUGAACCGAUUAAGAUCCACGGGCCCAGCCACUGUGCAGGAUGUGGAGCUGAGAUCAAGCAGGGUCAGUCUCUCCUGGCUUUGGAGAAACAGUGGCAUGUCAGCUGCUUCAGAUGUCGGACCUGCAACAUGGUUCUCACCGGCGAGUACAUCAGCAAGGAUGGAGUGCCAUACUGUGAGGCAGAUUACCACGCCCAGUACGGGGUGAAAUGUGAGACCUGCAGCAGAUACAUCAGUGGAAGAGUCCUGGAGGCUGGGGGGAAACACUACCAUCCAACCUGUGCCCGCUGCGCCCGCUGUAACAUGAUGUUCAAAGAGGGAGAGGAAAUGUACUUGACAGGCUGCGAGGUGUGGCACCCAUUAUGCAAGCAGGCGGCGAGGGCGGAGAGGAGACUCAGGCACAGACGUCUGUCCGAGACUUCCAUUUCUCCACCAGGUUCCUCCAUCGGUUCUCCCAGUAGAGUUAUAUGUGCCAGAGUGGAGAAUGAGAUCCUAGAUUAUAAGGACCUAGCUGCCCUGCCAAAGAUCAAGGCCAUAUACGAGGUCCAACAGCCAGACCUCAUAUCCUCCUCAUACCAGCCCUACCACAGAUACACCUCUGAUGACAGGCUAGACACUUACAGCUAUGGGGAGUCACUUGGGACGCUCUCUCCCUAUUCUCAGGACUAUGACAGCCUGGAUAUCAAACAGAGGCGGUGCUCCAGUCCAGGUUAUAUCGACUCACCAACGUUCAGUCGUCAGGGCAUGUCACCCAUCAUGCCUCGCUCUCCUCAACACUAUGGCUACCCAGGCUCUGAGAGCGGCAGGAGCUCACCUUAUUACGGCCAAGAAGGGCGGUCAAGCACACCCACCACAAACCAGCCCCCUAAACAUUUUCAUGUACCAGCCACAGGAGAUCCCAACAUCUACAGGAAGCCUCCCAUCUAUAAGAGAACGGCCACUAAAAGCAGGACUAGUGAGGACAUACUCAGAUCCUCCAGACUUUCCACAUAUUCUCCUGAGCCAUACACCCAGUCGGAGUCUGACUACUACCCAUACACAAGCUCCCCCAAAGCCUAUCGAGCACCAAGAAGACGGUUCUCGACAGGAGGAGAUGAAGAGGGUUGGAGUCACAGUCUUCAAAGAAUUGGGAGUGGCAUCGGUAGGAUGAUCCUAAAGGAGGAGAUGAAAGCCAGAUCUGGUUCCUAUGACAACGACCCCUGGGGCAGUGCGAGGAAUUCUCGUAGCGGGAGCAAGGAAACACUCAACACUACAGGCUACGGUACCACAGCGUACAACAACACUGUCAACGGAUCUCCUCGAUCUCAGUACAGCACGGAAAGUGAUUUUGUUCUCAAGUCAGCAUCACUACCAGGAUAUGGACGCAAUGGCCUUCAGAGGCCUCAGAGUGCCGACUGCUACCAGUACCAGUACGACAGUGGUACCGAGGUCAACUGGGGAAACAAAGCUGAAUACAAGAUUUACCCUUAUGAAACACUCAUUGUUACCACCAGAGGGCGCAACAGGCUGCCCAAAGAUGUAGACAGAGCCAGACUGGAGCGUCACCUGUCCUCGGAGGAGUUUGUCCAAGUGUUUGGCAUGACCAUGGAGGACUUCGACCGUCUGGCUUUGUGGAAGAGGAACGAGCUGAAGAAACAGGCACGACUCUUUUAAUAAGUGUACGGAUGUCUGUCAAGUACCGCCAUAAACAGAGCGAGAGACUGGACAGACUGGGGGAGAGGAAGGAAAGACAGAUACAGGACUUCCACUGAGUUUCACUGCCAUGGCUGAGAACCUGUUCUAGAUCUCCUCAUACUAUGAACCAAAUUCUGGUCACACCAGCGUGGACUUCUGGGACACGGGAGGAAAACCACAGACACAUUAUGCACAGAUGGACGGAUGAACUGUUACAUGGUUACCAGUGCAGCUGUGGCUGUGUGAUGGAGUGGUGUGUAAGCAAUAGAGACUGUAGUGGUGGUUGCCAUGUACAGUAGUGUUGUGCUUUUCUUAAGCCUAAAGGAUGGAAGAAGACAGGAUUGUGCCCCUUAUAAGGCAACACAGGGCGGGGGUGUCUGUGAACAAAGAAGCAGUACUGAAACAUAUGGAGGAGAUUUUUGGCUUUGCCUUAUUUGUUAUGCUCUCUUAGUUAUGAGUGUGCAGCACCAGCAAUCUGAAUGAGUAGAAUGUAGAUACAGCAUAUGAUUUAUGACACUUUAUUAGAGUGAAUGCUUAGUAUGAGAUGAGCGCGUGGCUGAGAAUCACUUUGCUUUGAUUUAUAAAGAUGCAUUUUUUUUUUUACCUUUUUUUUUUUUGCUCUUACACACAAAAACUGUGUUCUCUCUUCUCUAGUUUACAUCAGUACAGAACAAAACAAGCAAUCUGACAUGGACAAGACUUUUUUUUUUCUAAAUCGUAUGUAUGACCUGCAUUGAUUUGUAUGAAAAUGAAAACCAAAGUGAGGAUGCAAAGAUACAGAUUAAGCAGAUCCAAGUAAUGUUCCGAUUUAAAAGGGGAUGGUCACCGAUAGAUGCAGUUCACUGUGCAGCUGUGCAGAAUGUGCAAUCCAGUAACGCAUCGAGGACAACACCUAGCGAGUCCUCGUAUUCCACGUUUUUUCCUGCUCAUUGCAAUAGGACGAUGACUAAAUGUCUUAGAAUGCACACACAGAUGUAGUCAUCCAUGCAUUCACAUUCACUGUUGCUAAAUCGUUUUAGAAUGAUGACUCAAUAAUUUUGUAGCUACAGAGAUUAUUUUCACUCACAAUAAAAAUUUGCUCUGUAAGGUAUGUAACAAACUGAAGAUCCAGGGCUGUUGAAGACUUUUUUUGAAUACUGUUAUUUUUGAUUUUGUCACUAAAAAAUAAACUUGAAAACAAAGCAAA